GAUAAUCAACUAUAAAUUACAUUAUGACAUACAACGUUACAUUGUUACUAGGAACGCACAAUAAAAAAUAUAAUACAUAAACGUACUAUAACAUCAUUAUAGAUUAUAUUAUGCACCUAAAUGAUAAUCAUUACAAACGAUAAUAAUCGAGUACAUAAUAGUCUUCAUGCUGGUCAUUCAAAGGCGGAGCGUUGCAGUGAGGAGGUUGUAACCGCGUGCCGCUGUUUUCGCUUUGGAGGUAAUCGUCUGGAAACUACCAAAGCUCAGUACCGUUACCGUUACCGCCAUGAAAGCAGUACCGACAUCGUACUUUUGUUCAAUACUAAUGUUCACGUUGGUUCACAACACGAAAGAAAUUUUAUUCAGUGAAAUACCUUUUUUCGGAGACACCAUGGACAAUUUAACAGUGACUGUUGGACGUGAUGCUAUUCUAGAGUGUGUCGUUGAAUCACUGUCUACUUUUAAAGUUGCGUGGCUUCGAGUGGACACACAGACCAUAUUGUCUAUUCAAAGCCAUGUAGUGACGAAAAACGAAAGAGUGGUUGUAACUCAUACUGAUAGAAGAGUGUGGAGAUUACAUAUUAGAGAUGUCCGACCUACCGAUCGCGGAUUUUACAUGUGCCAGAUAAACACUGAUCCGAUGAAAAACCAAAUUGCAUACCUUGAUGUAGUAGUGCCACCAGAUAUUCUAGAUUAUCCUACAAGCUCGGAUAUGGUUGUACAUGAAGGCAGUAAUGUAACAUUGCAAUGUGCUGCUAGUGGUUACCCUAAUCCAACUAUUACUUGGCGUCGAGAAGAUAAUAAAAACAUUACCCUGUCCAACAUAUUAACUGUAUCAGUUGUUGAAAGUCCAACAUUAACGUUUCACCGCGUAACUAGGAUACAAAUGGGUUCAUAUUUGUGUAUAGCUUCAAAUGGAGUGCCACCAACUGUAAGCAAGCGAAUUACAUUAAUCGUUCAUUUUGCUCCGAUGGUAUGGAUUCAAAAUCAACUAGUAGGUGCAUUUAUAGGUGAUCGACUUUCUUUAGAAUGUCUCGUUGAAGCAUUCCCUAAGCCCAUUAAUUAUUGGUCGUCUGACAAUGGAAAUAUACUUCUACCUCAAGAUGACAAUUACGAUACAUCCUUUAAAGGAGAUGCAUAUAAAGUGGAAAUGAAAUUGACGAUCAAUCGUGUAAAACAUACUGACUUUGGUACUUAUCAUUGUGUUUCCAAAAAUCCUCUUGGUGCAACAGAUGGAUCUAUAAAAGUUUACAAACUUCCAGGAAAAAAUUGGAAAUGGAACGAUUAUCAAACUUUUCCCACGGCUUCCGACAACAGCCUACUAUACACAGGAUCCUCAUCAAGUAUGAAUAGCAACAACGGGAACCAAAAUUUACACAAAAGUCUUCGAAUAUCUUAUGUCAUAAUAUAUAUUAUUUUUUUGAAAUUAAGUAGCAUUAUUUAAUUUUUGUGAAUAUUAAGAUGUAUUUCAAGAACAGGGUAUAAAUAAAAACACUCAUAGGUUUUUUUAACAUUCAUUGAUUUAUUUAUAACUUUAAAUAUUUCAUACAUAAGUUACGCCUAAGCACGGGCUCAAAAUUAACAAAAUUUCAGUAUCGAGAAUACUGAAUUACUACUUCUUAUUCUAGUUCAUAAGGAUAAUAUACGAGGUGUGACUAUUAAACAACUAUACUGAUGCUACUAUUACCUCAUAUUGCGAAUGUGCCGUGACAUAUAUGAAGAUCGCUGUCUGGUAAUGUUUGCCUCACUAUAAUCUUAUAGAACUUUCUAUUGGUUAGUUAUUUUGAUUUUAACUACCGUUUGAAUUAAACUAUAUAAACCAGUGACUCAUCGAUAAAAUGCAAAGUGAUUAAAUAUAAUAACGGGUUAAUAUCACAUAUUAUGUUAACCUGAGUGAAAUUGCCAUACAAGUUUAUAUGAUGUUUAAAUAAGUGUACGAGAAUAACUAUUUAUCCAGCAUGCAAGUUUUAUAUAGUUUAAUCAUUUUAAUCAGGAAUUUAAAAUUAUCCACCUCUUUAACGACCUUUAACAUCACUAACGUACGAAAACAUUGAAAAUAUAGUUAAAUAAUCCACCAAAAUCGUUGUCUAAUUAACCAAAGACUUGUUGAAAUAACAGGAAUCAACAAAGUAAGAUCUUGUUAGAUUUUGUUUAAAUCACUCAAAUUCUGCAAAAUUGGUGUCAACAUUUCCAACUCCUGGCUCAAUGUACCACUCCAUUUUGUUAUGUCUAUGAGCAGGUUCCAUGUAAAAUACGACUGUCUUGUAACAAUCUGUCAAUUUUAAUCGAUCUUUUCUUAAGUGACUUUUAUUUUACUGUCCAAAAUUAAAUUGGAGUUAAAUAGGACAAGAUUUGGAAGAUGAAAGCAGUUAAAGUAAAAGCCACAAAGGUCCUUAACCUACUGUCGGAAGUAAACUUCCAAUGCUGCUUUCAACAUAGAAAAAUUGUAUGAAAUGGUAAAGGGAAAACUGAGGGUAGUAUCAUAGAUAAGGUUUAUCUUAUCAGUGGUAGUAUAUUGAGGGCGAUAAAGUUUAUGGCUUAAUUGAUAACGAACAAUUAAUGAUAUGACAUCAGUCUGGUUAUUUAAUAGCCACGUCUCAAAAAUGGUUUUCUCGUGGUAAUUUUGUAUUAAAGAGAUACUUGGAACCUUAGACUACUGUUUUCCUCAUGCUUGGUAUUCAUGUAUAUUAUAAUACUUAAAAACUUAUUUUAUUACCGUUAAAACCUCUAAUUAAACUUAAUAAUAUAAUUUUGAUAAUCUAACACAUAUAGGCGUAUUUAGAUGUUUUCCUAGAAGAAACGACUUAAUUUAUUUUCGUUAUAAUAGACAUACUAAUUUUGUUUAUAACAUAGUUAAAAAAAGUGAUAUUAUAAAUUUAAAGGUUUUGUAUACUAAGUCUAAAAAUAUUAUCGAAUUUAAGUCCAGCGAAGUGAUAAGUACUAAGGGCAUCGCGCUUCCUGUUAUAUAUGUCUACACACAACUACUUAGAAACGUAUCUUUUACGUUACAAUUUAUCUGUUACAAAAUAAUUUUUAGGCCUUAUAAGGGUUACAACCUAUACUAUGUCAUAUUAAUAACUUAAAUAUUUUAAAACAUAAUAUGAUUUAACUAUAUCAUAAAAUAGACUUAAUAUUCUCCCUCAUAAAGUUAUUUAGAUUAUUUUACACAUAAUUUUUGAAGAUUAAACAUUACUUUUGAGAGCGUUAAUCCCCGCUUCAAAACUGAGCUAGUGAAUACAAUUACUCAACAUCAAUGGAAAAGGUAAAAACCUGAGAAGCAUUGAGAUCACUUGUUAAUUUCUAAAUAAAUAAAAUAUUUUAUUGAAUUAAUUCGUAGAAUUAAUAAUAUAAGUGUUAUAAAAUAAGAAGUAAACUAUAACAUAUUUAUACAUUUUCUUUUUUUUUAGCUUAUUUAAAAAUUGUCAAUCAAAAUAUUUUAUAUAAUAUAAUUAUAGUUUUCCUUUAUGAUAAUGACACAUUGUUAUUAGUUAUUGUGUAAAUAUAAUUAUGUAAUUAUAAAAUAUGUAACAUUUAAAUAAAAAUAAGUUAGAUAAUUUUAAUA